GUCAAAGCUCCACUCCUACACAGAUGUGAAGAAUGCCAUACAUAGGAUGCUGGAAAGAAGCAAUGUUAUGCGGGGCUCGAGCACUGAACACAGCAUGUGUAUUCUUGAACAGAAAUGGGCGUCUGUUUACAGCAAAGUACAGGAACGAAAGGCAAAGCUUACCAAAGGAUUGAGUCUGGCCAAGGAGUUCCACAGCAAUGUCCAGGAACUUCUCACUAAGAUGACCAAGUGUGAGGAGUCAAUUGGACUUCUUCCUGCUCCCAGCUUUGUUCUGGACACAGUUUGUACUCAGCUGCAGGAUCACAGAACACUGGUGAAUGAGGUGAACGUUUACGGUGAGAAGAAGAUAACAGUGGAGAAUGCAGGCCGCAGACUAACAGAAAUGAGCAGGAAAGAAGACUGCGAUGUCAUUCAUAACCUAAUCAUGACGGUCCAGGAUCGCUUCAAAAAGCUACAACAACGCGCUUCAGAAAGAGGCAGAAUGCUAGAGGAGGUCAAAAAGAAUGCCAAGCAGUUCAAUGAAUCUUGGCGCCUACUAGUGGACUGGAUGACAGAGGUGGAACAAACAUUAGACACACAUAAAGAGAUUGCAGUGACCCAUGAGGAUAUUAAACAACAACUGAAUGAACAGAAGGAGUUCCAGAAACUGCUGAGAUCAAAGAGGCCCAUGUACGAGGCUACGCUGAAGAGUGGCCGCAGCCUUCAUGAAAGAGCUCAAACCAGCCAUGAUAGACAGCAUGUGGAAAACCUCCUGGCUGAACUCAAAGACACUUGGGACACUAUCAGUGGCAAGUCUAUGGAGAGACAACAUAAGCUGGAAGAAGCACUGCUGUUCUCAGGCAGAUUCACUGAUGCUCUCCAGGCCCUGAAUGACUGGCUGUAUCGAGCAGAGCCACAGCUAGCUGAGGAUGUUCCUGUCAGUGGAGACAAGGAUAUGGUCAACAAUCUUAUUGACAAACAUAAGGCAUUCCAAAAGGAGUUGGGGAAGCGAGCCGGGUGCAUUAGGACCCUGAAGCGGUCUGUGAGGGAUCUGACUAGGAGCAGCACAGCUGAUGCUCACUGGCUGCAGGAGCAGAUGGAUGAACUGGAGGGCCGCUGGGAGGCUGUGUGCAAGCUGUCAGUCAGCAAGCAGGACAGGCUGGAGGUUGCACUUCAGCAGGCUGAGAAGUUCGAUGGCCUUGUCCACUCCUUCAUGGAGCGCCUCACUGAGGCAGAGAGAGUACUGAAAUAUGGGGUGAUACCGGACGAUGAGGAGAGUUUACUUGCUUUUCGCAAACAACACGAGGAGUCAAUGGCUGCCUUGCAGGCUCAGGUUGUGGAAUUACAGAACAUCCGAAGUCUGGGUGAAGAGAUCCUGGCCUGCUGUCACCCAGAUUCCAUAAUCACCCUCAAAUCUUGGAUGAGUGUCACCAAGACCCGCUAUGAAGAGGUUCAGACAUGGGCCCAGCAGCAGGGCCAAAAGAUCCAGAACAGCUUGUCAGCACUGGAGGCGGAGAGAGAGGAAGUCCAGAGGUUGUUGGACUGGAUCUCCUCUGCAGAUGAAGCCCUCACCCUCAGAGACCAAGAGCCACUACCUGAGACCAUGGAGCAGAACCAAGAACUCAUUGAGCAGCACAGGGUAUUCAUGGAGGAGUUGAAUAAAAAGUUCCCAGAGGUUGAACAUGCUACCAAGUCCUGCAAACACAAGAGCAUUUCUAAACAGCACAUAUCCCCCAGCAAGCGGCCUCUCACAAAGAGGAGAAGCACUCUGAAGCUGCAGCCCGCUGCACCGGUUCCCCUGGAGCAUCUCGACCCCCAGACCCCACAGCUCAGUCAGCUGGUCAGUCGCUGGCAGAAACUUUGGCUGCUGGCUGUGGCUCGACAAAGCCGUCUGGAACAACACCAGCAAACACUCAAAGAGAUGGAAGAAUUUGCAAACUUUGACUUCAAUAUGUGGCGAAAGCGAUACAUUCAGUGGAUCAGUCACUUGAAGUCUAGGAUCUUAGAUGUGUUCCGCAGCAUCGACCGCGACCAGGAUGGACGAAUCAGCCAGAAGGAGUUUGCGGACUACGUCCUCGCUUCAAAAUUUCCCACCAACUCUCUAGAGAUGAAUGCGGUGGCAAACAUCUUUGACAUGAAUAGCGAUGGCUUCAUCGACUAUUAUGAGUUUGUGAGUGCGCUCCACCCAAGCAGAGAUCCCUACAGGAAAACACUGGACGCAGAUCAAAUCAAUGAAGAGGUGAGCCGACAGGUAUCUCAGUGCAACUGUCCUAAGAGGUUCCAAGUGGAGCAAAUAAGUGCCAAUAGAUACAGGUUUGGAGAUUCACAACAGUUGCGGAUGGUUCGGAUCCUGCGGAGCACGCUGAUGGUCAGAGUGGGAGGAGGCUGGACUGCUUUAGAUGAGUUCCUGGUCAAAAAUGAUCCCUGCAGAGUAAAAGGUCGGACCAACCUGAAGAUCAAGGAGAAGUACUUGUCUCCAGCAGGAAGUACCUCCAAGGGUUUGACUGUCAGCAGAUCUAACUCAAGCCUCAGCCUGUACAGCAGUGCCUCUGCCCCUACCAGCCCCAUGACCCGCAAGGCAUUACUCCGCAGGAGUUUCUCAGGUGACCGCUGCAUUCGUCCAAGGAGCUCCAUAGCUGCUUUGGGAUCUGAUCUACAGUUUGUGACAACAGGGGAGGGCAACUCCCCAUCACCAUCAGACGAAGCUGAGAGGUUACCCACAUGA